GAACACAACUCCAGCAGUUGCAUUGCACAGAGAGCACCGAUCACUUUUCUUUUGUCUCAAACCUCGAAUCCCAAAUUUUCGUACCUCAUCGAUUGCUCCAAUUCUUUUAUUCUCGGUGAAAGUGAUAGAACGUGGAUCUGUGGUGCGACGAAAUUUGGCCUAAAAAAAUGAUGAGAAUGCUUAGAUCAGCUCCGGUUCCUGCAAAAUUUUCCUACAACAAGUUGGUCUCCACAGCUGAAUAGAAGUCAUUUAAGGAAGUUUGCAAGAAAAAUACAGACUUGCAAUCGUGGGACACCGACCUCAAAGCCCGUGCAGAAGAAAUCGCGAAAUCCCUCAAGGCUGGAGGAGGUCUCUCAAUUGAUUCCUUGAAACAACUCACACUCUAUGUCAGUCGGUCAAACACGAAGACUGUGCGAGCAAUCUUAGCAUUCAAGGAAGAUGCAACUAAAGGGAAGGGGAGUAGUAAGAAGAAGAAAAAUGAAGAAAGGGUGAACAUGAUGGCUGACGAGUAUAUGAAGAACAGCUCUAACAUGCUGGACUUCCUUUCUGAAAUGGAAAAAUUCCUCACACUUGCUCGCAAUAGCCAUUCAUAUAUUACAACUGUGAUUGAAAAGUACUUUAAGAUCCACAAUGGCAUGAGAGGCAGAACUGAGUACUACAGGAAGAUUGCGGAUAACUUGAAGAAGCUCAGAGACUCUGAUAAUACCUUUGAUCAUUCUGCUGAAAACUUGCUCAAGAAGGCAGAAAGUUUGAAGAUCCAGCAUGAAGAAAUGCUUCAGAAGUUUCAAGGUGAAUUCAUUAAGCUUUGUAAGAAGGAGAAACACUUGAAAUCAUGGGAGAACGUUGUGCUUAUGAUAUUUGUAGGUGCUAUGGUUGGAUUGGCUAUUGCCGGGAUUGUGACUGCAGUUAUAGCUGCUCCAUCUGUUGCAACCGCAAUUGCUGCCUGUACUUUACCGAUAGCAAUGGCUGGACACUGGUCUAUCACUUGGUUUGAGGAGUCUGCAAAAGCCUUUAAGUAUGAGCUGGAAGUAAAUGAGGCGAGGCGCGAGGAAACUAGAGUUGCCAUCAAAGAGUUGGGCAACAUCAAGUCUUCGAUUGAUGGUGUUAUUACACAGAUUAAUUCAGUCAUCUACAAUCCGAGCUCGGCAAUGGAUCGGGAACAAAUAGAUUUCACAAUGAAGGCAAUCAGGAGCAAACUGGGAGCGUUUCUGAAUAAAGUUAAGGAUUUGGAGAGAGACGUUGAAAAGGCCCGAAGGGAAAUAAGGAAGGCAAGGGAUGAUGUUCAUAUCACGGGCACGCAUGUAAAAAAAAGGAGCAUUUUGUUCUCAAAACUAGCAUGAACUACUUGUUAUCAGCUCCCGUAGCCAUCUGCUUAUUGAUCUGCACUCUUGAAGGCUUAGCUUGAAUUGGCCUGUUGAAAUGUUAUGAAACAAGGAGUAGUAAGUUUGUGUAAUUAGGAGAGUCUCUGAAUCAAACAAACGUUGUAAACAAUAUGAAAAACUCAAUUAAA